AUGGAAGCCUUGGUUGAAGGUGAGCUUGAGAGUGGUACCGGUUUGAACCAAGAAGUGGGUAUCAAACGACCAUCUGAUACUCGAUGGGGUUCUCAUUUUUCAUCUCUAUUGAAUAUCAAAAACAUAUAUUCUUCCAUUUGUGAAGUACUUGAAGACCUUGGUAAAGAUAAUAGUGAUCGUGAUCGUAAAGCUGAAGCAAUUCACAUCUUAAGGUUAUUAAAGUCCUUUGAUUUUGUGUUUUGUUUACAUUUGAUGGUUGAUAUCUUGGGAGUCACAAAUCAUUUGAAUACAACAUUACAAAGAAAAGACCAAGAUAUUGUAAAUGCUAUGAAUCAAGUAAGCAACUCUAAAAAAGCAAUUCAAGAAAUUAGAGAUGUAGGAUGGGAACCACUUUUAGGGAAUGUUACUUUGUUUUGCAAUAAACAUGAUGUUAGAAUCGUGGAUAUGGAAGAUGAAUAUUAUGAUGGAUUCAGUUGUCGAAAAGGUUCACAGGUUAACAACUUGCAUCAUUAUUAUGUUGAUGUAUUUAAGGCGGUUAUUGAUAUGCAACUUCAAGAGCUUAACCAUCGCUUUAAUGAAGCCAAUACGAAAUUACUUCUUUGCAUAGCUUGUUUGUGCCCGCGUAUGUCUUUUAAAGCCUUUGAUUUGGAUAAGCUAAUGGAAAUGGCUACAAUUUAUAAGGAAGAAUUUCGAACAGAAUAUGAUCUUCAAGUUCUUGAAGUUGAACUUAAAAAUUACAUUAAUGAUGUGCAAGAAGAUGAACACUUUAAUCAAUUGAAGAGCAUUAGAGAACUUGCCAAAAAGAUGGUUGAAGAAAAAAAGCAUAUAAUAUAUCCUAAGGUUUACCUUAUCUUGAAACUUGCAUUGAUCUUACCUGUUGCAACAGCGAAUGUGGAACGUGCAUUUUCAGCAAUGAAGUUAGUAAAGACUGAUGUACGCAACAAAAUGGGUGAUCAAUUUUUAAGUGAUAGUUUGGUGUCAUAUAUUGAAAAAAAAUGUUUUAGAUAG